UUCAAUUAUCUUCGGCCGCGGAGACAAGUUUUCGCCGGAUUAAAAUGUACAAUCGCGCGGUUUUCUUCUCGAAAAUCAAUCAUGCCAAAUCGAGUCGUCGAUUUUUCAGCUCGGCGAUUUCCAAAAGCGAAGCGGCGCUUUUUCCGCACAAGGAUGAGUUUCCCGACAGACACAUCGGUCCGCGUAAUGCCGACAUUAUCGCCAUGCUGGACCACAUCGGGUAUAAGAGUUUGGAUCAGUUGACUGAUAAGGCGGUGCCCUCGAAUAUUUCCCUCAACAAAUUACUAGACAUAAGCGAACCCCUGGGUGAGUACGACCUGGUCCGGCGCAUCCGCCAAAUCGCUGAGAAAAACAAAGUGUGGCGCUCCUACAUCGGUAUGGGCUACCACAACUGCUGCGUGCCGCACACCAUCAUGCGGAACAUCUUCGAAAACCCGGGCUGGACCACCCAGUACACCCCGUAUCAACCGGAGGUCGCCCAAGGUAGAUUAGAAGGGCUGCUUAACUACCAGACGAUGGUUUCCGAGCUGACGGGGCUCGAGGUGGCCAACGCGUCCCUUCUGGACGAAAGUACGGCGGCGGCCGAAGCCCUUUCGCUCUGCUACCGCCACAACAGGAGGCGGAAGCUCCUGGUGUCGGACAAACUGCACCCGCAGACCAUCUCGGUGGUCCAAACCAGGCUCUCCUCCUUGGGCCUGGAGGUGGAGGUGGUCGACGUCUUCGAGUCGGACUUUUCGAACCACGACAUGGCGGGGGUGCUAUUUCAGUACCCGGACACCGAAGGCAACGUGAAGGACUUUAGCGCGGUGGCGGAGACCGCCCAUUCUCACGGUACCCUGGUGUGCUGCGCCACCGACCUCCUAAGCCUCACCCUGCUGCGUCCUCCCAGCGAAUUCGGCGUCGACGUAGCCGUCGGUACUUCGCAACGUCUCGGGGUACCGCUCGGGUACGGAGGACCCCACGCCGGGUUCUUCGCCUGCAAUCAGUCGCUGGUACGGCUGAUGCCGGGACGCAUGAUAGGGGUCACCAGAGACGCUGCCGGCAGAGACGCCUAUCGGCUAGCGUUGCAAACCAGAGAGCAGCACAUCAGACGCGACAAGGCCACCAGCAACAUCUGCACCGCGCAGGCCCUGCUCGCCAACAUGUCCGCCAUGUUCGCCGUCUAUCACGGUCCGCAGGGGCUGAAGGACAUCGCCACCAAGGUCCACCACAUGGCUUUGGUCUUAAACCGCGGCCUCGAAACCGACGGAAACGUGCUCUCCAACGAUCUCUUCUUCGACACGGUCCGCGUGAGCGAGCCCAAGCUCCCCCAGGACGAAAUCCGCUCCAGAGCGAGCGAGAAAGAGAUCAACCUGCGGUACUACGAGGACGGCUCCGUCGGCAUCGCUCUCGACGAGACCGUCAAAGCGGCUGACGUGGACGACCUCUUCUACGCGAUGGGUUGCGACCGCAACUUCCGCGACCUGGUGGAGGAACCUGGAGUGCGAGACCGCGCCAUCUACCGUUCCCAGUUCAAGAGAACCUCGCCCUUUUUAACGCAUCCGGUGUUCAACUCGCACCACUCGGAGACUAGGAUCGUACGUUACAUGAAGAUCCUCGAGAACAAGGACAUGUCGUUGGUGCACGCGAUGAUACCCUUAGGCUCGUGCACGAUGAAGCUCAACUCCACGACGGAGAUGAUGCCGUGCUCUUUCAAGCACUUCACCGAUGUCCAUCCCUUCGCGCCUCUCGAUCAGUCCUCCGGGUACCAUCAGCUUUUCGCGGAGUUGGAGAAGGACCUGUGCGCGAUCACAGGGUACGAUCGGAUCAGUUUCCAGCCGAAUAGCGGGGCUCAGGGCGAAUACGCCGGUCUCAGAGCGAUCCGGUGCUAUCACGAGGCGAGGGGCGACAAGCACCGGGACGUGUGUCUCAUUCCCGUGAGCGCCCACGGGACGAAUCCCGCCAGCGCUCAGAUGGCGGGCAUGAGGGUAGAGGCGGUCAGGGUGAGGGGCGACGGCACCAUCGACGUGGAGGAUUUGAGGACCAAGGCGGAGAAGUACCGGAACCGGCUCUCGUGUCUGAUGAUCACAUAUCCCUCAACGAACGGUGUCUUCGAAGAUACGGUGGCUGAGGUGUGCGACAUCACCCAUAAAAACGGGGGCCAGGUGUACCUGGACGGUGCCAACAUGAACGCCCAGGUGGGCCUGUGCAGACCCGGCGACUACGGCGGCGACGUGUCGCAUCUCAACCUGCACAAGACCUUUUGCAUACCGCACGGGGGCGGGGGCCCCGGCAUGGGCCCCAUCGGCGUCAAAUCCCACCUGGCCCCCUUCCUCCCCGGCCAUCCCGUAGUUAAUCCCCUCGGCGCCGACUCCCCCGCUUACGGCGUGGUCAGCGCCGCGCCUUUCGGCUCGAGCGCCAUCUUGCCCAUAUCCUGGGCGUAUAUCAAGAUGAUGGGGCCGCGUGGGCUGCGCAAGGCCACCCAGGUGGCCAUCUUGAACGCGAACUACAUGUCGAAAGUGCUCGAGCCGCACUACGUGACCCUGUUCAAGAGCGCAUCGUCCGGCUUGGUGGCGCACGAGUUCAUCAUCGACGUGAGGGAGUUCAAGAAGACGGCCAACGUCGAGGCGGCCGACGUCGCCAAGAGGUUGAUGGACUACGGCUUCCACGCGCCUACCAUGUCUUGGCCGGUCGCAGGAACCUUGAUGAUAGAACCUACUGAGUCGGAAGAUAAGCAGGAAUUGGACAGGUUCUGCGACGCCCUGAUCUGCAUCAGGGGCGAGAUCAGGGACAUCGAAGAGGGACGAAUGGACGUGCGGAUGAACCCGUUGAAGAUGGCGCCGCACACGCAGGAGAUGGUGACGAGCAGCGUGUGGGAGAGGCCCUACACAAGGGAACAGGCCGCUUUCCCUGCGCCCUUCGUCAAACCCGACCACAAGGUGUGGCCGACCGUGGCGAGGAUCGACGACAUCUACGGCGACAAGCACCUGGUGUGCACGUGUCCGCCCAUACUCGACGAGUACACCUACUGAGACUUCGAAUAAACGUCGCGA